AUGGAGCUCCCUGACGGAACACUGACGAUAUUUAAAAAACCAAAAUCAACACAAGAAGAACAGUCCCCUGCUCGAAGUCCAAGGCCCCACAACUUGUGGAGGAAACCAAAGAGAAAGAAGAGCACGCCGACAGAAAAUUCAAAGCAACUUGUGGUCGUUGAUGAUAAUGACUCCGCUGAUGAUAAGAAGCCCAAAAAGAAAAGAAGGAAACCUGAGAACAAAAUGAUGAUUGGUCAAGAUCCACAGCCAAUCAGUUCUGAACAUUGUGUCAAGAAAUUUGAGAACAGGAUGACACCAAACCAUCUCUUCCAACUCAUCACUAAAAUCAAUAAACCAACAGAUCUUAGAGAAGAGCCAGAUGCGGUAGAUUAUCGCCAACUACAAAGGCAGGCUAUCAGAGAUAUGGGAUUUGGCGCCUUGCUGGAUCUCAAAAUCGAAAAUAUUCCAACAACAUUGUGUACCUUUCUGGCAAACAAUUUCCAGACCGGUGCGAGACAAGUCCUAUUAAAUGGCAACAAUGUACUGGAUAUCAAACAGGAAGAUGUUGUUGUUGUACUUGAUCUUCCUCGUGGACCCAAACCAGUGGAAGAAUUCAAACAGAAUGAUUUCGCUAUAAUAGAGCACGCAGAGAUGGUGGAUGCAUUCAAGAAAAGAAUGGGAUACAGUAAUAAAUUCCUGCCAACGAGAUCCACGGCGGCACAAUUAAUUGCUAGUCGAAAAGAUUAUGGUGAUGACUUCAAACGAGAUAUCUUGGUCUUUGUUGUGAGCACAUUCCUACAUGAAAACACCGCCUCCAGAAUCACUAUGAACAUCCUGAAGUCCCUUGUGAACAUGAAUGAGGUGACAGAAUACAAUUGGUGUGAAUAUGUGAUUGAAGCACUGGUCAAAGGAUGCAAAAGUCACCACGAUGGGAAAGCAUUCACCGGACCGAUCACCUUUUUUCUGGACCUUGCUUCUCUUUAUGAAAAGUUCUACCGAUUGAUUAUCACGAUGAGCAAAACUGUUUUAGACAUACGUGAAAAGGAAAUGGAGUUAAAAAUUGAACCAAAUGAACAAGCAAAGCACACAAUCAAGAUCCUAACAGAUGCAAUGGUGUCGAUGAGUAGAAAGCUACCUCCGCCUCCAGGGACAACGCAACACCAACAAGAGCGGCAGCAAGACCCACAGCAUCCAGAGGACCAACAACAUCAAUAG